AUGGCAUCCCAAGACGACCUCUGCACCGCCUUCCAAUCAGGUGAUCGCGACGGCGAUAACACCCUUUCCGUCCGCGAGGCCGUAACGGCUGUUCAGACACUGAGUGGGCGGACGCUAGAUGCUGAGCAGCUUCAAAGGGCCUGUAAUGAUUGUGGGGUGGAUACGGGGAGGGAGAUGGAUUUUGAUGAGUUUGUCAGAGUUGUGAGGAAGCUGGAAGGGGAGGGGGCGUUAUAA